AUGGCACCAACCCUCCCCUCCAGCGCAUCAACCAGUGCUGUCAUCCACAAAUUUGAUGAGAGUGCGCACAAACCCACUGUCCGUCUCACCAAGAAAGAUAGUCGCUCACUUCAGCCAACACCAGUAUUUUCCAGUGACUGCACUGAUGAAGGUUAUCUGCAGAGGGACAACAAAGAAAAAGCCAUUAAGGAAAUUUUUCAAGACAGAGUUUGCCCUGUCCCAACCCAGACUCCUCAGCCUACUGUUGUUCCAAAGCCAGUUCAGUCUGUCAUACAUGUCCCAUUGCAACCAGGCUGCCCAGGUCGAGGCAAAAUGGCAAAGUUCCUCAGUCCAGAAGAGAUGACAUCCAGGGAUUAUUACUUUGAUUCCUAUGCUCACUUUGGAAUUCAUGAGGAAAUGUUAAAGGAUGAAGUGCGUACACUAACUUAUAGAAACUCAAUGUAUCACAAUAAACAUGUUUUUAAAGAUAAGAUUGUCCUUGAUGUUGGAAGUGGCACAGGAAUCCUCUCCAUGUUUGCUGCAAAGGCAGGAGCCAAGAAGGUAUAUGGGAUUGAGUGUUCAAGUAUAUCUGACUACUCUGAAAAAAUUAUCAAGGCCAACCACUUGGACAACAUAAUCACAAUAUUUAAAGGUAAAGUGGAAGAAGUUGAAUUACCUGUGGAUAAAGUAGACAUCAUUAUCAGCGAGUGGAUGGGUUAUUGUCUUUUCUAUGAGUCAAUGUUAAACACAGUCAUCUUCGCACGAGAUAAAUGGCUGAAACCAGGAGGGCUAAUGUUUCCAGACCGAGCUGCUUUGUACGUGGUAGCAAUUGAAGACAGACAGUACAAGGACUUCAAAAUUCACUGGUGGGAGAAUGUGUACGGCUUUGACAUGACCUGUAUUAGGGAUGUUGCCAUGAAGGAGCCUUUGGUGGACAUAGUAGAUCCAAAGCAAGUGGUGACCAAUGCCUGUUUAAUAAAGGAAGUGGAUAUCUAUACAGUGAAGACUGAAGAACUGGCAUUUACUUCAGCAUUCUGCCUCCAAAUUCAGCGUAAUGAUUACAUUCAUGCACUGGUCACCUAUUUUAAUAUUGAAUUUACAAAGUGCCACAAGAAGAUGGGAUUUUCUACAGCACCUGAUGCUCCCUAUACUCACUGGAAGCAAACUGUCUUCUAUUUAGAGGACUAUUUAACUGUGAGACGAGGAGAAGAAAUCUAUGGGACAAUAUCCAUGAAACCAAAUGCAAAAAAUGUGCGUGACCUGGAUUUCACUGUAGACUUGGAUUUUAAAGGACAGCUAUGCGAAGCAUCAGUAUCUAAUGACUACAAAAUGCGCUAGCAAGAAACCUUUCAGAGAGAUUGAAAGAAUUGUAUCAAGUCCUGAACUGCUGAAGGAACAAGUGUUUGCACGAUUACUACAUUAAAUAUUAGAAUGUUUACUCCAGUGGAAAGUGGUAACCUGAUCCCUCUUGCAGAUGGUAUAGAGGGCUGGGAUCCCACUAUGAAUGUACAGUAUACAGCUUUUGUCAAAUAUAUAGGGAAAACAAAGAACAGACUUGAGUGUUCUGUUUGACUUUAGGAUGGCAGAAGAUGCAUAUAAAAUUGUGCUAUUUAUAAUGAAUAUCUGGUUCUUCCAAGCUUUGCAUGUUACAAGUGAUUAGGGCAGUUUCUUCAAUAUAGAAGACCACUAAAAGA